AUGAAACUGGGCGGGAUUGGCGUCAGUGACUCCGUUGUCGAGGAAGGGAGGCACUUCCACAACCCACAACAACGCGCAAGCAAGCUCGACGACACCCCCAAGCUCGUGCUCGUGAACCUGCAGCAGGUUGUACCAAACGUCGAUCCCAGUCGUGGUCAUUUUCCCGCACUUUCCGAUCGCGACAACACCCCCGUCUCCGCCCUCCCGACCUCGCUACAUUGCAGCACACAUCUGCACGCCAUCAAGAUUACGAGCGACCGCAACAAUAGCAAGAGCAGCCCGACCAAGACCGCAUCAAAUCGGCUCUUUCCUUCCGUCGAUCCACAGCAGCAGCAGCAGCAGCAGCUCUCUACCACAGCUCGACAAAAGCUUCAACUUGGCCUUUGUCGCAUUCGCCUGUCAUCGCCCAACUUCACCUUCUCCCACGAGCACAACCUCCCCCAAAUCAAGAAGACCUAA